AUGGCAUAUGCUCAGCAGCCACGAUAUGGCGGCCCACAAAGACCGCCCUACCAAGACCAGCAGCCCUCAUAUGGGUCUUCUCGAGAACCUUACGCUGCGAAGAAUGGGUACGGCUCAAGAAGUCAAGCGGCGCACUUCAGUGGUAGCUCUCGACGGGGUCGUCCGCAGGUAUUUCAAAGUACCAGUGAGCCAUCAGGUGGAUCCUACAGAUACAACGAGGAUUGGCCUGAUCAAGACAACUCUUACGAUGGCGGCAAUGGGCGGCACGGAGGCAGGGGCCAAAACAGGGAUGGAAGGUGGCCGCCCGCACAACGGCCACAGGGGAGACCAAUGGAGGCAGGACGACAUCCUCGCAAUGAUCCUCGAAGUCGAGGCUUACCGCAAUCAAAAGUUGCAGCACCCGGUAGAGAUCACUAUCACCAGCAGGACCCGUACUACCAGUCGAACCAAUAUCGUGAGCCACAAGGUUAUGAACGGCACUAUCAACCAGAAGCAAUGCACCACAAUGGCUUACAGGAACACAACAACGGCGAGCAUGAGUACGAUGAAUUUUCUCACGAGACCCCAGACAAUUCGACAGCAACGCAGCACUACAAUCGUCCUCCUCACAGCGACGAACAGGAUUACCAAGACCCCGAAUACAAUGCUGGGUAUCCUCAGCAAGACCGAGGAGGUCCACACGACCGAGGGAUCUCUUCAGGCAACUUCAGGAACGAUCGACCUCCUAGACAGCCGGAAGCACCAACAUCUAGGUUCAACCAGAACCAACCCCACUCCACCAGACCUCAAAACUCUCAGCACCCGAAACCCUCUACUGAUAGGGUCAUCCAAACACCGAUAUCGCAUGAUGCAGUCGCCUGGGAUAAUCCCUUUCCAACAUUUCCCUUGAGGCCCAAUAAAGUCGGAUAUGCAAAUUCCACGGGUCAUGAUGGUGCCAUGGGAUCAACAAGCCUGCGUGAUGACUCGCGGCAAGACAAGACUUACGACAAUAGGCCGCAAACUGCAGGCAGCAAGAGCAGCUAUGCUUUGUCGCCUAAUGGCACAGAGAAGCUGAACGGAAAUGAUCUUCAAUUUCAAUCAAACACUCCGCCUUCAGCUAUAUCGGAAACAAAUUCCAAUAGCAAAGGUGGAGGAUACUUCGAUCACCAGCCACAGCCUGAAAGGGAUGCAGGGCAGUACCGAGGAACAGCACAAGACAGGCCUAGACCUCGCGACAAUGGUCGUCGUGGUGCGCGGGUAGAUCAACUCAAGCCUAUAGUCAACGGUCGACACUCAGAAGACAACCGGACGAGACCAUCACUUCCACUUGACACCAGAAUGGACACAGAAUAUGAGCGAAGCAGAACUCUGCCAACGGCGCUCUCUGGAGCAAACCUGGGAUCUGCUCGCCCACCAGAUCAGUCGGCCUGGCAGGAGCCUGGUUUCGUUGCUGGUUACCACGGUCCUGAAGACAGAGGGUAUACGCCAACCAGUCCAGCAAAUAAGUCUCCGCAAGGAUCUUUUCCUCAGCCCAAACCAUAUUCGGAUGAAGGUAGACCAACCCAAGUCGACGCAGUGGUUCAUGCACAAAGCACGGGUUCUCGUCAGCCACAUGCCCAAAACGACAGUCUCGGCGAAUUCUUUGACACUUAUUAUGACACAAGCCAGGAUGACCACCAGCCAUAUCUCCAGCACAAAGGUCGACAGCACCGAUCUCCCGCUGACGAAGAUAUGCCAAACUUUGACGGUGGACCUGCGCCGAGCGCUGGUCGUAGACGAGGGAUGACCAUCGACGACCAUCUGCAGCCACAACCAAGAACUCAAGAAUUUCCACCAGUGCCAGUUCCGCCACGGGACGAUGUACGUGGAGACCAUAGGAAUGAUCCAUCUUCGAAUGCGAGACAUCCCCGGAGUAGAUCACAACCCAAUUUCAAAGACCGGCGAUCACCGAGGCCACCGCUCGAUGAUGGAUUCGACUUUGGUGUGCCUGGAGCUCCCGAUAGACCGUCUGCGACAGCUCCCGCUCGAAAUGAGUAUGGUCCUAGCGCCCAUAGUACUAUGGCAUCUCCCAAUGUAAGGCCAGAUCACUACCAACAAGACCGCCAGUAUCAGGGAUCAAUGCCUUUAAAAGGAUAUCGUCCCAAUGAUCACAACAGAGCAAAUAUGCCGCCUCCCGCACCCGCUACACCCCUAACGGCAUAUCAAGGCAACGGGCCGCCUGACCGAUAUUGUUCACCGCCAGUGCAAGAUGGACAUUCGCGACAGAUGGGACCGCCUGGUGGUAGACCAUCUCCAAUCAACAAUCGAACAGGACCCACGUCGCCCCCUAUCGCGUCACCAUCAAAUCCGGAUGCAUUACCAUCGCAUCCUGCGCCAGUCAGACCCGGUUUAAUGCAAAGCUCUCCCGUCAAUGAAGCGCCGAAGCCAGUUCCUCUCAGGCAGUACGACUCCACACCCUCGCCCAUGCAAUUAUCGAGUCCCACUAAAAAUCCAGGAUUCUCGCGCUCCAUAAACAUCAAACAAGAGUCUCUGCCAGUGACUCAUCAGGAGCUUGAAAGACUUAAGCAGGCCACGACGAGGAACCCUGACGACCCAAAAAAUCAACUAGUCUUGGCCAAGAGAAUGGUUGAAGCGGCUUCCGUUCUAGUUGAUGAGCGAGCUGAUCCGAGGACACGCAACAAAAGUCGUGAGAAAUACAUCCUAGAUGCUCACAAAAUUGUCAAGAAACUUUCCAAUAAUGGAUAUAGCGAAGCUACGUUCUACCUGGCCGACGCGUAUAGCCGCGGAUCACUAGGCUUGGAAUCUGAUACUCGAGAGGCUUUCAAGCUCUAUCAAUCAGCGGCAAAAGCAGGCCAUGCUCAAGCCGCCUACCGAGUGGCAGUAUGCUGCGAGAUAGGACAUGAGGAAGGUGGAGGUACAAGCCGGGACGCUGUGAAAGCUAUGCAGUGGUAUAAAAGAGCCGCGACUCUGGGCGACACGCCCGCCAUGUAUAAGAUGGGCAUCAUUUCAUUAAAAGGAUUGUUGGGCCAGCCAAAGAACGCCAAAGAAGCCGUUGUCUGGUUGAAACGAGCGGCGGAACGCGCGGACGAGGAGAAUCCACAUGCUUUGCACGAACUUGCUCUUCUGCACGAGAAACCCAGCAGCAAUGAGGGUGUACCAAGGGACGAAGCAUACUCGAAGCAACUCUUCGCUGAAGCAGCCGAUUUGGGCUACAAGUUUUCGCAAUUCCGUCUCGGUUGCGCGUAUGAAUACGGGCUGAUGGGAUGCCCGGUUGAUCCCAGACAAAGUAUUGCUUGGUACAGCAAAGCAGCAGUGCAAGAGGAGCAUCAGAGCGAGCUUGCCUUGAGCGGUUGGUACCUUACGGGGUCUGAAGGGGUACUGCAGCAAAGUGACACAGAGGCCUAUCUCUGGGCUCGUAAAGCUGCUCAGUCGGGGCUGGCGAAGGCUGAAUAUGCUAUGGGUUAUUUUACAGAAGUGGGAAUCGGAGCUCCCGCAAACCUUGAAGACGCAAAGCGCUGGUAUUGGAAAAGUGCAAGCCAAGGCUUUGAGAAAGCAAGAGGUAGACUCGAAGAACUAAGGCGAGGGAACCCAGCGAAGCAAAAGACUCGAGUCUCGCGAUCUGCCAUGAGGAGGAACAGUGAGGGAGAGUGUACCAUAAUGUGA